AGGUGAACCCUAACAUUUAUUUAAUUAGGGGAAAAAUAUUAUAUUCAUUUCUAGUACUGAUUAUAUAAUAACUGAAGUUUUGAUCUUGAAGUAUAAAGUAGCCCAUUGGGUUUCUCGUUUCUGCUCUAAAAUCGUCAUUCUCCGCUGUGCCAUUGAGAUCCGUUGUCGUUAUAUUGCUGAUAAGGAUUAAGAUUUAAGCUCUUGAUCUUGAUCUUGAUUUGUAAUAAUAACAAUAAUGGAGGGAAGUGCAGCUGCCGCCGCCGCCGCCGCUGCCGAGGAGAAGCCUAAGGAGGAGACUGCGCCGUCGUACACCUACUGGGUUAGGGAGAAGACCGCAGACGCUGCUCCCCUGCCGGUUCCCCGGAAGCUCAACCCAGGGGACCAACCUAACAAUCAAACCCCCACCCAUCUUGGCUCCGCCUGGAAUAGGGCUGGAACUUGGGAAGAGAAAAGUCUAAAUAAAUGGGCAAAUGAUAGGAUUAAGGAGUUGCUUGUAUCUGUGGGAUCUCUGGAACUGUCUGGCGGCAAAGCUGAAAUAACAGAAGUAACAAAAUGUAACGGUGAUGCAUUCUUGGUGACUGUGCGGAACAAAAAACGUGUUGGCUACACAUAUGAGCUAACACUAAAGGUGAAAGGUGAGUGGCUUGUUGGAGCUGAGAAGAAGGUGGUCAAGGGCCAUAUAGAGAUACCAGAGUUCUCGUUCGGUGAGCUGGAUGACUUGCAGAUUGAGGCAAGUCUAAGUGAAGACAAGGAUCUUGAACCAAAAGAUAAGCAGCGGAUCAAACAGGAUUUUAGAUUGUUUCUGCAACCUCUUCGUGAAAAAUUACUUCAAUUUGAGCAGGAACUUAAGGAGCGAUAGGAGGCAGUCGAAAUCGUCAUUUUCUUAGCAUUACCUUCCAAAUUCAAAGCUCCUUUGUCUGUAUCAGCAACUUAUAAAGAAAUAGAUACUGUCAGUUUCAAUCUUAUUGAAUCUUGUACUCCCACGGGCUUUUAAGUCCGUCUGCUUCCCAGGUGAUGGACGAUGACGAUGACGAUAUAUUUACAUUGUUGUAGACAUCAAUGUACUCUGAUUUCUUAAGGUAAAA